ACGGAGACGAGUUGGAGCUGUUCUGCAACCUCUCUCAGCAAGCAGGAUGGAGAAGUCCAGGAAGAUCUUUGUCAGCGUGCUCCUGUUCGUCAUGUCUGUGGAAAUCUGCUGGGCUCAACACUGGUCUUACGGCCUGCAGCCAGGAGGCAAAAGGAGCGCCGAAAACCUGGUGGAAUCCUUUCAAGAGAUUGCAAACGAAAUGGAAAAACUAGGGGAAGUGCAGAGGACCGAAUGCCCAGGCUUGUAUCAGCGUUCCAGGUUCAGCGAUCUGAAGGAAGCUAUGGAAAGUCUGAUCGAAGGAGAAGCUGGACGAAAGAAGAUUUAAACCCGCAAAGCCAAAUGGAACAACGGACCCAGAAUAGAAUUUCAGCGCUAUGUUAAAAACAAGUCCUCUUCAAAUGGCCUCUGCUUAGAUUGCAUUGUGUGAAUAAACAGUCUAAGCUGCACUUAAAUAGUAGAAGAUAAUUGUUGUGUAGAUUACUAGCUUGUGUGUAAAAGCGAACACGUUCUAGUCCGGUGGCGGACGCAGCAGCACAGGGUCUGCUUUGCAUCCUGCAAUGGAAACUUGGACGUGACGGCUUUUGUUUCACACAUACAGACGAUGCCUGGACAAAGGCACUGUCUGAUCUCACUAAUCUCUGGAUAAAACGGUCAUACAACGAUGUCAAAAAUCAAGAAUAAACUUACUG